AACGCCUGAGGGAGAGAAGAGAAGCCGCCCAGCCUUUCCCGCCCAACUCUCGGAUCCUGUCCUCAAGGAGAGAAAGGAGUCCCGGGCGACCCCAACUACCAGAUGUCAGCUGUGAGGCAAACUUGGCGUCUAGUUGGAGAUGGAGGGCGCCCGGGAAGCGGCCGAGGCGGCCCACGUGCUCUCGCUGCCGGCCGAGGCCUUCGGGAACGACCCGCGGCUGGAGGCUGCGUGGGCCGAGCGCGCCUUCCAGCACGCCCACGUCUACUUCCACCUGCUCUCGGCCGCUGACCCCGCGGGGCUGAGGCUCACCCGGGCCGACGACCGGAUCUACGCGGCCUUCCGCCGGAGCUUCCCGGACCUGCGCGUCGACCAGCUGGACGUGGAGGCGCUCAAGUCGGAGGCGGCCAAAGAGAAGUGGCGGCCCUUCUGCCUGCAGUUCGAGGGGGCGGUGGAGGACUUCAACCUCGGGACCCUCCUGCGCCUCGACUGCCGCCGCGGCUACUCGGAGGAGAACUCCGUGCUGGCGCCGCGCAUCCAGUUCCUGGCCAUCGAGAUCGCGCGCAACCGCGAGGGCUGCAACGGCGCCGUCUACCGCCGCGCGGCCGCUCCAGAAGCCGAGCCCGACCCGGCCGGACCCCGCUGAGCCCCACCGGACGGGAGCCCGGAAGAGACCCGUGCGACGAAGCGGUGGGGGGCUCUCCCUCCCCCAGGAGUGGCCUAGAAGGGGGGGGCUUCGGGAAAAGAGGGCGGGCGGGGUUCCUCCCCCAGGGCCGCUGAGCAGCCCCCUGGCCUUCACUUCUGGCGGCCCCUCCCCCCCUUGGCCUUGGCCUUUGUAUGGGGGACGAUUGCGAGGUCCGCCUGGAUCCUGGCUUGUAAACAACUGUUGCAAGAUUA